GUAAAUUGGUGAUUGCAGAUUUAUUCUCACGCCGACAUGAAAAGAUGAACUCAUUGUUGAUGCACGUGUCCCAGAACGCGUCUAAUUAUUAAAUCCUGGUCAUAAGAUUUUUUUUUGAAGCCCUCUCCCUCCUCCGCGCCUUGCUUUGUCCUCCCUCCCUUUGCAGAUGUUGCCUCUCCGAGCACCUCAUCAGUACCAUUUACCUUUGCGGCUGUCUGCAGCCACAGCUCGUGACAGUCACGCUGGAGCGGAGGGCAACAGCGGAGGCAAAUCAUUCUGCUGAUCCCAGCACCUUUUGGUUAGUAAGGGAAGCACCAGCACCUCCUUGAUCGGUUCCCUCCGCCCUUUUUUUUUUCUUUCUGUUUUUUUUGCCAAUCGCCAUCCCACAACAGCCUACCCGGAGGAAAGGAGUCUGGGAGGGGAAAGCGAGGACACACCCGCACAUACUGUACCCGGUGUACACUGCGAGGAUGCUGCAGACAACAUGAGGUGACUAUCAUCGACUGCCCCACAUUGGAUUUUUUUUUUUACCCACUUUGGAGACCUGAUUGUCGCAGCUGGUUAUUCACCUUCCUGGUACCGGGAGCAUCAACUCCCAUCAGAUAUGAAAAAGAUGCCUGCAGUCAGGUCCUAGGUGACAUCCUGUGGCCGUCAGGUCUUUACGGUGUCGAGCCCCCUCCCUCUCCUGGCCCCUGCCUGCAGCUCUCCAGGCUGCAAGACCCAGACUCACUGAAAAGUGCAGGCCUCCCCCCCCCCGCAGAAUGACUGUAGCCACCGGCGACACCUCUGACGAGGCGGCUGCACACCCGCAGGACUACGACCCGGAGGCCGACCACGAGUGUUGUCAGAGGGUGGUCAUCAACAUCUCAGGGCUGCGCUUUGAGACUCAACUCAAGACCCUCUCCCAGUUCCCUGAAACUCUGCUGGGGGACCCCAAAAAGAGGAUGCGGUACUUUGACCCGCUGAGGAACGAGUACUUUUUCGACAGGAACAGACUCAGCUUUGACGCCAUAUUGUAUUAUUACCAGUCAGGGGGCCGGCUAAGAAGGCCGGUCAACGUCACCCUUGAUAUUUUCUCAGAGGAGAUUCGGUUCUACGAGCUCGGCGACGAAGCCAUCGAGAUAUUCAGAGAAGAUGAGGGGUUCGUCAAGGAGGAGGAGCGGCCUCUUCCAGAUAAUGAGUUUCAGAGACAGGUAUGGCUGCUGUUUGAGUAUCCAGAGAGCUCAGGUCCUGCUAGGAUUAUUGCCAUAAUCUCUGUCAUGGUUAUCCUGAUAUCUAUUGUCAGUUUCUGCUUGGAGACCCUCCCCAUUUUCCGCAAUGACGAUGACGAUUUGCACAAGUCUCACACGAAAGUCUAUUCACCCGAGACCAACACCACAAUCUUCACCUAUAAUUCCACCUACUUCACUGACCCCUUCUUUAUCCUGGAGACUCUCUGCAUCAUAUGGUUCUCCUUUGAGUUUCUAGUGCGCUUCUUUGCCUGCCCCAGCAAAGCGGGCUUUUUUGGUAAUAUAAUGAACAUAAUUGAUAUUGUUGCCAUCAUCCCAUACUUCAUCACUCUUGGCACAGAGCUCGCAGAAAAGCCAGACGAUGGUCAGGCGGGUCAGCAAGCCAUGUCUUUAGCCAUUCUCAGGGUCAUCCGCUUGGUGCGAGUCUUCAGAAUUUUCAAGCUCUCCCGUCACUCCAAGGGGCUUCAGAUUUUGGGUCAGACCCUGAAAGCCAGCAUGAGAGAGCUGGGCCUGCUCAUUUUCUUCCUCUUCAUAGGGGUCAUACUUUUCUCGAGCGCCGUCUUUUUCGCCGAAGCAGACGAGCCCGAGUCACACUUCGAAAGCAUCCCGCAUGCGUUCUGGUGGGCGGUGGUGUCCAUGACAACAGUCGGCUACGGCGACAUGGUCCCAACGACGAUCGGUGGCAAGAUCGUGGGCUCCCUCUGUGCCAUUGCAGGUGUGCUGACCAUUGCCUUGCCCGUGCCUGUCAUUGUGUCCAACUUCAACUACUUCUAUCACCGCGAGACUGAAGGCGAAGAACAGGCGCAGUACCUGCAGGUCAACGUGCCCAAAGCCGAUUCGGCCGAGGAGCUGCAGAAGAGCCGGAGCGGCUCCACCAUUAGUAAAUCGGACUAUAUGGAGAUCCAGGAGGCGGUGAACAACAGCCGCGAGGACAUUCAGGAGGAGAACCUUAAGACGGCCAACUGCACGCUGGCCAACACAAACUAUGUAAACAUCACCAAAAUGCUCACAGACGUGUAGUCUUCUGCUUUUUUCCUCCCCGUCACAGCGGGAAAUGUGGAGCUGAGCAACUGGACGGGAUAGGCUCCCAUCUCACGUGUGCUGGAAAAAAAUAAAGGCAUAGAAUUUAGGAUGUUGAUGAUGAUGAUGAUAGACAGUGAAAAAAAAUGCAAAGACCAUCCGCUCACUCCUUGCUCAUCCUGUCUUCCCUCCUCACAACUUGCCCUUAAAACUCCUGAUAACUGUCAAACAGAGUGAAAUUUCUAAUUUUACAUUUCUGCAUGGAGUUUGCUUUUUUUUGUGUGUGUGUGUGUGUGUGGCUGUUUUGAAAAAAAUAACAAUGCCUAAAAAUGUCCUGCUCACAACAGUAGCUAAUAGUAGUGCACAAAAAGAAAAGAAAAAGGGAGAACAAGGCAAGAAAAAAAAAAGAAGUAUUGCUUUCAAAAAGAAAGAAAAAAAGCCACACCAGCCCUGCUUUCGUCCCCCGUCCCUCGGCCUCUCAUUUCCCAAGGCAAGCUGCUCUGCCAUGCGCUUUCUGAAGAGCCCUACUUGUGCGCUACAUAUGCUGCUUCCUGGAGCCAAUGAAACGAGAACUGUCUUACGCUACCAUUUAGAAAUAAGAGGAUGUGUGAGCAUAAAGCAAGCUCCCUUCAGCGCUGAUAUAGCCUGUGGGCGACUUGUGACGAGGUUGGUGGUUAAGCACACCACGUUAUUUCAAGGAUGAAUGACAGCCAUCAGCGCGUAGCUUAUGGUUCGACACCUUUUUUUCCCAGCAGACAUCAGUAUCUGAUGAAUGACUGAGAAUGGCCUUGACUUUUCACUGCUUUGGUCUUACUGUAUGUAUUGCAAUGCAAGCUUUCCUCCCUUCCAUUCACCCAAAACUGGUCUUACUGCAGAGCUUUGAGGACAACUUGAAUGUUUCUUCUUGUUUUGUUUGUUUUUCACAGUUUCACACACGCACACACACGCACACAGUACGUAUUCAAAUAGUAGGUUAACUGUGACUUAACUGAUAGCCAGUAGAUAGGUGCUGUUAGUAGUAAACAGUUAGUCAGUAGAUUAUUGCAUGACAUUUUUAUCUGAAUGAGAAUUUCCACUUGUUUCUCGACUGCCACUUGCUUCAUCACACCACUGUGUCAUCACACCACACUUUAAAAAAAGGCAGACUGCAGGUAGCGGUCACGCAUAAAGCUGUAUGUUAGAGGAUUUCUUAAGGAAUAAUCAUAAGUCGAAAUACCCCCCUAAACAGGAUACGGUAUCCUCGCCGAUACUAACAUACCAUGUAGAAGUCAUUGCGUUAAACUUCAGCCGCAAACUCACACUCUAGUUUUUGACAUCAAUCCCAGUUGCACCUGUGAUAGACUUGCAGUGCUGUCUUUUUCACAGGUUUGUCACACAAUCGUGUCCUCACGAUGAAAAUAGCAACUUUUUAGGAUUUGUGUAUAGAACAAAGCUCCCCCCCCCCGAACUGCCUUUUUAUCUGGGUUUACGCUAAUCUCCUAGUGUUGCAUGACCUCAAAAACAUUCCUAGAAGCAUGCAAUUAAGAUCAAAGAAGAAGCCACACAAAAAAAUGUGUAAUUAAUACAAUAGAAAUAUAUAUUGCUUAUAUGAAAUAUAUGUAUACAGACAAGACACAUAUAACAGUACACAUAUACUUUUAUCGGAGAAAUAAAAAACUUAAAAUAGCAAUGUUUAAGAGAAAGCAAGAGCCUUUCCACAAUGCUCAGAUCAUUGCCAUGUUUUUAUUUUCGAUGACAAUAAUAAUUGUUCUGAGCACAGUUUCUAUGUUCUCCUGUUUCAGAGCCUGUUCAGAGUGCCAGAGACACACUCUUACUCGCCAAUUUAAAAGCAUAUUCUUUGCUAGCGGGUUUUCCAGCAAACCUGACACACGUUUAGAUACUAAACGUUUGCUUUACUCUGUAUAAAAAUGCCUUCUGUGAAUGAAUUGUUGAAAGGCAGGUCGGUGUCCAAAACGGUAUCACCCCAUACCAGAGUCAGAGAUUUUGUAUUGGCGUUAAAUUGUUCAGAAUUGAAAUGGAGACUGGCUGUCCUCUAAGAAGUCUUAUGACACCAGAAGCUCACUCUGUCUGUAAAAGUUGGCAUCGAAUGUGAACUAGGUACUGAUUCUAGGAUUGUGUCCAGCUGAGAUUCAUCCACUGUUCGCUCAACACUGCCAAGGUAACAGUCAAAGGCAGUAACGUCAAUAUGGGAAGUGAUAAUUAGCAGCAGUGUAGCAGGUAUUGGCUAACCGAGGGGGUCCUCUGACUUCACUCGUGAGUCUCUUGCCUUUCUUCAUCUUUUCACAGACGUGUCCUAGGGAAUGAGAAAGGUGAUGGAUUAGGAGAAGGCCUGUAGCAACAACUGUCUAAACAAAUUCUGUCAUGCCAGGAUGUACAUCUUUAGUCUUAGGGUUUCAUUCUGCUCUCUAGGGUCUAUAACCUGCAGUAGCAAAAUGUUUUGACACCAUCGCUGUCAAUAUGUGCUCAGGAUGCCUCGUCCAACUGCCUGACAUGAGGCUGCUGACGUUUACUCUCAUGUAUGUUGAAAGGGUUGUGGAGCACUUCUGUUUGUUACUUUCCCGAGAGUGGCAUGAAGGUGGAUUGAGAUGUUAAAAUGGUCUGUGACUCAAGGUAGGACCAGAUUAGAUAGUUAUUUAGCAAUAUUCCUAUAAUCCUUUGGGUGGAUGGGUCUGUGUGGAGAACAAAGAUGUUGUUGUUUUUUAAAAGAAUGAACCUCAUCGGACCUCCACCGUCCAACCAAGAUCUGGUUGAUCAUCAGUUGAGUAUUGUUGUGGGUGUAUGGAUGCACAGCUCUGUAGGAGUUGUCUGUGCGUGGGCAUGGGUGAGUGUGUGCAUGUGUACAAGUGUGUAUGGGCGAGAAAGAGAGAGAGAACCACUGAAUGUCAGCGUCUUAGCCUGGUUGUACAGCUGCAUUUAUGAAACAGCCAUUUGCAUAUACUUGUUUAUGUGGGGAAAAAGAACCACUCACAGUCUGACCAAAAAUAUUUGUCUAUGCAUGCAAAUGCAUUGUAUCGUUAUUGUCUGCAUUCCAUUUGUUUUGUUUUUCUUUACAUAUAUUAAUGAUAAAUGUUACGGAUACAUGCAACAUUUAUCUGUUACGUUUGAAAUUGGGCACGUCACUAUACCUCAGCCAAAUUCAUUGUAGCAACUCGCACACGGGAGCCCACGAGUUGUGUAUCAACGGUUAUUUCUGCUUCAAGCACAAAGACGAGCAGAAUCAUCCUCAUCUGUAGACCUGCAGAUUUAAUCUGUGAAAUGUUUUUAUUCAGUGAAAACAAAGUCCAUCCAAAAGAUGUUGUAUCGCUUUAGAAGGAGCACCACAGCCUCUAAAAAAAACUAAAAUACAAUAAAAAAAAAAAAAUCAUCUCUCACCUGCUGAGGGACCCACCAGCAAAUCCACUCCAUGAGAAGGGUGCCCAAUAGUGAAUACACUGAGACAUCUAUGCAGAGUAUGCUAGCUGGUAGUUGAGAAGGUUCAAAUACUGAAUGUUUUAUGUUUUAUUACAGUCGACCCUGAGAGCUGACGCCGCAUUUGAAAAACGAACCACAAGAGAAACGCUUUGCAAUAUUCUGCUGCUGGACGUCAAACACUCACACGUUGGCUGAAUGUGAAUGUGAGCUUUUCUGACCUUCUGUUUGUUGAAACUGCGAUGUCAGCUCUUUGAGACAACUCACACAUAGAAAAAAACUCAUACAUGUGGGGAAACAAGAAGAUCAAUAUGCAAUCUGUAUGCAUGUGUGCGUUUGAGGAAGAACGUUUUUUUGCUGUUGUUGUUGUUUUCGUUUGACCCCUCCAGAGCCUGGUAGUGAGGCAUCCACUGAAACAAUAUGUACAGUUCUUCACCCUUCCCCACCCCAUCCCCCCCAUAUCAUAGAGGCCUGAAAACAUCCAUCAACAAUGGUACAGUGGAUAAUGGAUUUUCUUUCUAUGAAAUGAAAUGUGAGAGAAUAAUGUAAAUAAGAACCAAUGGAUGAUGAAGCAAAAACCAUGUACUAUAUACUGUAUGUGAAGUCUGGAUUUAAAACGUAGUAUUAUCUGCACUUUACAAGACAAAAAGGACAAUCUAUGGACAAGAAAAACAUGUGAAAUCUAAGAUGCAUAUACUCCUUCCAAAUGAUCAUAACCCUGACAAAGUAAUAUCGGUAAUAAAGCCAAUAAUAAUUCAACUGAAAUGUUAUGGUCAGUGUGUUUAUUGUGUGUCACCUUUUACUGCUCAAGUGAUUUUCAGUAUGAAGAGGACGCACAUGAGAGGUGUUCAUCAAAUGUUUCUGCAGCCUUCUUCACAUUUUUUCGCAAGGCAUUUAUUUAGUCAGCCAAAUGAUCUGAGGAGCUAAUUUUAGCCUGAAGAACGUCUGCGCUGAUGCAAAAUGCCACGAAUCGAUUAAAGGGCCCCUUUGUUGUUAUUUUUAGGACACCCAGAGCUUUGUAGCCACUGGUAGUGUGGAGGACAUUUUCAAAACGUCUCCUGGUAUCUUCAGCUCCUUCCUCCCUUUAAGUGCACGGUGUGUGCUCCUUGCAGUUUAAAAGAGAGAGCAGGGUGUUCUAUUAAUAGCGUUUUUGUUAGAGAAAGAGAGAGGAGCAGGAGGAUGAACGUGAGCGGAGGUGGAGACGGGGUGGAAAGGAGAUGGCAGAGGAAAAUAAAUCCUUCAUGGUGAACUCUUCAUGGCAGCACAGUUACAUCCAUGUGUAACAAGCCACAAUGGGGGGAAAAAUGUUUAUUUCUUUAAGAUCCAUACAUUCUGCAAUUGCAAUUUGGAGAUACAAGCAGACGUCUCUUGUGAUCUUCUGCUUUCUUCCUAUGGUUUCUUUUUUGCCUCUCCUCACCUCACGGUCACAUCCACACCUGCACGGUUUUGCGAGGUGACUGCCGUCAUGUUCUGUGCUUCCUGCUAUCUUUAGUCCGCCCGUGGUUUAACUACAGCUCUGCAUUGCGAGCGGGAACACUCGGGGCCUCGGUGCUGUAGCUACAUCUCUGCUGUAGUCAUUAUUCUUGCUUUGAUCUGCCAAUGCAGUCCAGCACUCUGCAGCUCGGGGAGAGAGGCAGGCAGGAUGGAGCAGCCCAAACCAAGGACAGGGGCAGCAGGAACACAGGCCUGCUGCAGGUGGCUUCUGAUGCCUGUGGUGAAA